GGCGGAACAUGGACGCUGACGAUUAGAAAAUAAACGGCUCCUAUGUCACCUUUCAAAAUCUAGUCCAAGACAAGAGAGCAUGCAAAGUCAGACCUGAACAAGGCUUCAACCAUGUCCUCUGUGCAUUUUCAAAAGUUUUAGCACAACUGUGUACCAUGGAAAACUCGGGCAGGCCUUACCGGGGUAAGAGAGGUGGUAGGGAGCGGGGAGCAGCAGCGGCAGAGAAGGGAGAAAGCUGGUGGAUGCAGGACCAGUUGCAAGGACAGAACAUCCGGUCAGACGGAGGCCAGCAGGCCAAGAAAAACCAAUCUGGGCCCUACAGGGCCAGCCCUAAGAAGGGAGGGCUGGGGCCCCUAAGCCGCUCUCCUGGUGGAUUAAGAGGUGGGCACAGCCCCUCACAGAGGGAUGAUCUCCGGUGGUUCACAGGUCCUCAGGAAGAUAACUGGAGAGAGCGCUCCCAGCAGCACCGGAGGAGGGGUACACAAGAAGGUCCAAAGGAGGACAGGGAACAGGGAAGAAGAGAAUCCACAGAUGAUAGUUCUCAUAAGUCAGGCAAAAGGCGGAGAAACCGAAACAAGAAGAAAUCUUUUGCUGAAGAGAACAGGGGUCUUGUGAUUGAAGAGUCGGUACUCUCAAACAAAGAGCUCCGCAGCAUACGGCAAGCAGAGAAGCGACUUAACAGGGUUGAGGUUUACAGCCUAAAGAAGAAGUCCCACAGCAACCCUGCUGCGCUUUACAGCUGUGCCCUGUGUGACGUUUUCCUGGACUCUCUGUCAGAGGCUUACAGGCACAUUCGAGACAAACGACACAGGAGAAGGGCCAAGGAGAGGCAAGAGCAGGUGAUGCUGACUGAGAUCCUACCUCCCAGUCCAGAGCAGAUCAGUGCAAUAAGUGCUGUACUAGAUGCUGUCGUCCAGAAACAUGGGCUGACUGACCAGGAUGUCGAGCGGAGACGGUGUGUUGUCUCCACCAUGCAAGACCUCCUCCUGUCCGUCCUACCUGAGAUCCGACUCAGGCUUUAUGGAUCAUCUUGCACUAAAUUUGGAUUCAAGGACUCUGAUAUGAACAUUGACAUCCAGUAUCCAACUCACAUGCAUCAGCCAGACGUCUUGUUGUUGGUUAAGGAGUGCCUCUCUGUGAGCCCUCUCUUCAUUGAUAUGGAGGCCGAUUUUCACGCUAGGGUGCCUGUGGUCAUCUGCAAAGAAAAAAAGAGUGGCUUAAUCUGCAAAGUUAGUGCUGGGAAUGAAAACGCGUUCCAAACCACGUCCUAUCUUUCUGCUCUGGGCACUCAGGAGCCUCUCCUCGUGCCUCUGGUUUUGGGCUUCAGACGCUGGGCCCGGAUCUGUGAGAUUGACCGUGCCGAAGAGGGGGGACUGCCGCCGUACGUCUUUGCUCUUUUGGUUAUCUACUUCUUACAGAAGCGCAAAGAAUCUCUCUUGCCCACCUAUUUCAACCAAGAUAUUAAGGUGUUUUCACUCAGCAGAUUGUCAGACUUCAACCUCACGCAUGUAGAGGAUGGCUGUUUACACUGGGCCUACACCCCUUCCUCCAAGGAAUCCCAACCAGCAGAGGGCACCUGCAGAAAGGGGAAGGUUCCACUGGUGCUUCAGAGUCCUCGUCCACCAGUGGAAGUUGGGCUUCUCUGGGUUGAAAUGCUUCGCUUCUACUCCCUGGAGUUCAACAUGGCUGAGAGUGUAAUCAGUGUGCGGACCAGUGUCGUCCUCUCCAGAGAGAUGAAAGACUGGCCUAAAAAGCGCAUCGCUAUAGAGGACCCCUUUGCUGUGAAGAGAAACGUGGCCCGCACAGUGAACAGCCAGCAAAUGUUUGAGUACAUCCUCCACUGCCUCAAAACCACAUACAAGUACUUUGCACAGUCACUCAAUACACAAGCUGCUAAUCACAAAAGAGGCCCAAAGGGAGGACGUAUUCAGGGGGCUAAUGCUAAGCCUUCGAACGAAGAGAGCGCGUGCUUGUCAGAUUUCAGUCAGCUCAGCGUUCAUUGUACAAGUCAACCUAAACCUAUAGAAAAUGGCCCCGAGGACUCUGAUUGCAUUAUUGAGGAAGAGGAGGAAAUUGAAGAAUUCAGUGACUCAGAUGAAGAAAGGGAGAAAGAAAAGGUGGACCUGGGCAAAAGCAGCGUUUCAGAGGAUGAGGACGAUGAGGAGGAGGAGCAGGAUGAAGACGUAAAUAUUGAUGUGGACUCACAUAACCGGCAGCACCUGGACAGCUUCAACACAGAAGAUGAAGAGAUUUUCCUAGUUGAUGAGAUCUCAGGGGAGGAGCAUUUGUCUGAUGAGGAGGGUCCAGAUUUAGACACACCUGGCUCAAUGGAUGAGGAAGAGGAAGAAGAAGUGGAUUCGGCACCUAUCGAAGUUUCUCUUCUACCUUCAGAGGAUCAAAUUAAAGAUGAGAGCCCAGAAAGUAAAAACCAGAAACAGAGCAGACUGUCUUAUGAGUUCACCAAACAAGCUUUCACCAGAGGAAAGUCACACAUGGUCGUGUGCAGCUUGUGCAAACGUGACGGCCACCUGAAGAAAGACUGUCCUGAAGAUUUCAAGAAAGUGCAGCUGGAGCCCUUACCCCCAUUAACACCAGAGUUUCUCAGUGUCCUUAACAAAGUCUGCGAGCAGUGUUACAGCGAUUUUGCCCCAGAUGAACUGGAAGUGGGUGUAAGAGAACACAUCCUUCAAGACCUCGAGCUCUUUGUCAGAAGACAGUUUGAUGGCGCUCGUUUACAACUGUUUGGAUCAUCCAAAAAUGGCUUUGGCUUCAGACAGAGUGACCUAGACAUCUGCAUGGUGUUGGAGGGACAGGAAACCAUAGAUGACAUUGACUGCAUCAACAUCAUUGAGAGCCUUGCAAGGUUGCUAAAGAAGCACCCAGAUCUGAGGAACAUCUUGCCCAUCACUACAGCAAAAGUACCCAUUGUGAAGUUCUACCAUGUUCGCACUGGCUUGGAAGGAGACAUCAGCCUCUACAAUACGCUGGCCUUGCACAACACUCACCUGCUAGCUACGUAUGCUGCAAUUGACAGAAGAGUGAAGAUCCUCUGUUACGCAAUGAAGGUUUUUGCCAAGAUGUGUGACAUUGGAGACGCUUCACGUGGUAGCCUCUCAUCCUACGCCUACACCCUCAUGGUGCUGUUCUUCCUUCAGCAGAGAAACCCACCAGUUAUCCCCGUGCUGCAAGAGAUCUAUGAUGGAAAGAAGCCUGAAGUACUAGUAGACGGUUGGAACGUGUACUUCUUUGAUGAUUUAAAAGCACUGCCAAGUCACUGGCCACACUAUGGGAAGAACACUGAGACUGUGGGGGAGCUGUGGCUCAACCUGCUGCGCUUUUACACGGAGGACUUCGACUUCAGAGAGCACGUUGUCUGUGUCCGACAGCUCGCCCGCCUCACCACCUUCAACAAGCAGUGGACCUCAAAAUACAUCGUCAUCGAAGAUCCGUUUGACCUCAAUCAUAAUUUGGGUGCUGGUCUCUCAAGGAAAAUGACUAACUUCAUCAUGAAGGCUCUCAUCAAUGGAAGAAGAGUGUUUGGCACACCAGUCAGACACUUUCCUCCUGUAUAUCCCAGUCAGAUGGAGUAUUUCUUCGAUCCCGAAGUACUUACUGAAGGAGAAGUGGCCCCCAAUGAUCGCUGCUGCCGCAUCUGUGGAAAGAUUGGCCACUUCAUGAAAGACUGCCCCAUGCGUAAGAAGCCUAAGCACAGGCGGGAUUCAGAGAGGAGGUCAGAGCAGCCACAAGACAAAGUGAAUGCAGCAGAGGAAUCUAAGGAUCAGGUCAGACACAAGAGUGAACACUGGAGGAAAAGGGAUGGAGUGGAUAUUCGCUGCUGCUACCUGUGUGGCUCAAACGCCCACAUCAAGAAGGACUGUCAGCUUUACAGAAGCCCUGCAGGUAAUGUGAAACUGGAUAACUUUUCUUCUUCGCCCCACUUGAGGAAUUUGCGAGAAACGGAGAAACAGGGUAUACCUAUACAAGAAGAUAAGAAGAAGAGAAAGCAGCAAAAUGUGAUCUUGAGUCCACAAGCAGGUAGUUUAGCCUGCCGAAAUUUGGGCCGCUCUGGUCAGAGGAAGAGCCCGGUGGAAUGAGAAGCUGCUAUGAAUACAAAAACCAUGAGAUUCUUCUUUUGUCCAGGCAGACAGCAACCCGAAGUCCAGAAACCCUUAAAUCUGAAUGGUACUGUUGGGCCACUGGGAGCCUGUUCAAAGCCAAAGCCAGGACGCCUUGACUUGAAGCCAAAUAGGGCCUUUUUAUUGUGUUUACCCCCCACCCUCACCCCCCAAAAAAGCUCUCCUCGUCAGAGGAGCUUUUUAAAGCUUUCGUUUUAAAAAGACAAGCCAUUAAGCAUGCACCUCAUGUCUUUGUUUACCAAGUCUGUCAAGGGUUUUUUUUUUUUUUUUAAAUUUUAGAUAUUUCUUACAUUUAAAGCAAUAUUAUUGCAAAUUUGGUGUAAAAUCUCUUAAAUUUUAAUGUAAAUAAAUGUCUGUUAGAUGAUUAAUAGUUUAGAUCUCAGUAGGAUGACAUCAUUUGAUAUCAUACAUCUUUGAAACAAUUUUUUUUUUUUUUGUUUGUUUUUUUUUUUUUUUGUUUUGGGACAUUAGAGGCUCAACCGUCCUUACAAUUGGAUAAAGUCUAUAAAGUCUAGUCUUUUUAAACACUGCUAUAUUUUUGAGUCAGAUAGAAAUGGGUAACUAAUAUGGUAUUUGUCUGCUACUUAACAGCAGAAUGUCGAAGCUAUUUCAGAUUUAACCAAAAAGUAUCCAUUCAUAUAUUCAUUUUUUUUUCUCCCUCUAAGUCUUGUUUCAGAUAUUUAAAAAAAACAAAACAUAGUUUUGAAUGGCAGUAUACAUUUUUAAUGGCCAGGA